AAUCUGUGGUUGCUUUGGCAAAAUGAAUAGUUGUCAAAUCAUUGUUUGAAUUUUGAAAAGAAUUUUUGAGAAAUACUUCUAUUCGCAUCAAUAUAGUUAUGUCUCAACAAACUUCCAUUUUUGAGUCAGCUCAUAAGGGUGACUUUGAUGUUGUCAGAAAUAAGUUGGAGGAGGAUCCAACUUUAUUAAAUAAGCAAGAUGAGAAUAAAAGAAUACUUCUCCAUUGGGCUUGUGUUGGAGGAAAUGUGAAAUUAGUAACACAUCUAAUUGAAUUGGGAUCUCCAGUUGAUGCCUUAGAUGAUACUGAUAACUCACCACUUAUUCUUUCCAGUUCAGCAGGGCAUUAUGAAGUGGUUUGUCUACUUAUAAAAAACCGAUGUAAUGUAAAUCAAAAAACUUCUGGUGGUCAUUCAGCUCUUCAAUAUGCAGCUUCUAAAGGAUGGCUCGAGAUUUGCAGAAAACUACUUGAAAACCAAGCAGACAUAAAUAUUGCAGAUGUCAGAAGUGCAACGCCUUUACACAGGGCUGCUUCAAAAGGAAACACAAACAUAGUUGAAUUUUUACUUACCUUUGAGGAUCUUGAUGUUGAUCCGAGAGAUUCAUAUGGUAAUACACCUUUGCAUUUAGCAUGCGAAGAAGACAGACAGAGAGAAGCCAAGUUAUUAGUAGAUCAUGGGGCAAGCUUGGAUGUUAGAAAUGCAGAGAAAAAAACUCCUCUUGACUUUUGUUCAAGAGCAUUGUUUAGAUUACUAACAAAUAAAUGAGGUUUCAAAUAA